GGCGAAGCUGGGCUGGGGGCUGCACACCCCCUGGUCCAGGAGCCGGAAACCCCUCCCCUCUUCCCAGCUUCCUCCCUCAGGGGCCGCCCAUCACUUCUUUACUCCCUUCAGGGUGUCUACCCAGCUACCAGCACAUGUGUAGCCAGAGCUUCUCCUGCUGAUGCGAUUUGUGGUGUGGCCCUGAACACCCUCACAGAUAUCUGGGAGCAGGGACCCUCACCUGGGUCUCAUUUCUCAGUUCCGAGAGCUGGAGACGCUCUCUCACUCAGUGGCCCUGGCCUGGGAAGGGCGGGGAGCUGGGACUUAGAGAAGGAGUCGGCGUCUGUCAGGAGGUGCUGCAGAUGAGCAUUCCUUCUGGGCAGUCCCAGCGUGCCUGGCCGGGAUGUGCUGGGAGCUGUGCGGAGGGGCGGACCGUGGCCGGAGGAGGGGCAGCGGCUGGAGGGGGUUGCACCAGCAGGCAAGAAUGGGGUCAUACACAGCCUUGCAGGACACGUGGAGAAACUUAGAUUUUCCUUUUUACUGGUGAUACACAAAAGUAGGACUCAAUUAGAAAUUGCAGGUUAGAAAAUCUGCAGGUGGUGGGUGGGUGAAGGAGGAGAGGCCAGAGGCCCCAAGGCAGGUCACAGGCCAGUGAUGCUUGGGCCUGCACCCAAACUGGCCAGCAGGGAUGGGGAGGAGGGCCCUUGAACUCAAGACCCCUGCUCUGAUGCCCACCCUCCUGUGAUGGUCCUUUGUUUUCCUGUUUCCUCCCUGUACCUGCACUGCUGGUUUAGGGUCUAGUGACAGGUUUGGUCUUCCUUAUGUUGUGGCUGGAAAGUUCUGAUGACUGCUUGUCUGCUUCCCAGAUGCAGGAGGGCUUUGCCUGUGGCCCUGGGCUCUGUGGAUGUUGGGGUGAAGCAUGCUCAUCCCCAAAGAAUCCAGUCUCUCUUCCUGUCCCACUUUGAACCUGUGUGUCCCUGAGGACCCGCAGGGCACAGGAAAGGCCUUUGGACUUGCCUUGGUCAUCUAUAACUUCCUGAGCCUGUGCUAUGAAUACCUUGGGGGGGAAAGUUCCAUCAUGUCAGAGAUCAGAGGGAAGCCCAUUGAGUCCAGCUGUGUAUAUGGCACAUGCUGCCUCUGGGGGAAGACUUACUCCAUUGGAUUCCUGCGGUUCUGCAAGCAGGCCACCCUACAGUUCUGCGUGGUGAAGCCGCUCAUGGCUGUUAGCACCGUGGUCCUCCAGGCCUUCGGCAAGUACCGGGAUGGUGACUUUGAUGCCACCAGCGGCUACCUCUACGUGACCAUCAUCUACAACGUCUCGGUCAGCCUGGCCCUCUACGCCCUCUUCCUCUUCUACUUCGCCACCCGGGAGCUGCUCAGCCCUUACAGCCCUGUCCUCAAGUUCUUCAUGGUCAAGUCUGUCAUCUUUCUUUCCUUCUGGCAAGGCAUGCUCUUGGCCAUCCUGGAGAAGUGUGGGGCCAUCCCCAAGAUUCACUCGGCCCGAGUGUCAGUGGGUGAGGGCACAGUGGCUGCUGGCUACCAGGACUUCAUCAUCUGCGUGGAGAUGUUCUUUGCAGCUCUGGCCCUGCGGCAUGCCUUCACCUACAAGGUCUAUGCCGACAAGAGGCUGGACGCACAAGUGCUGACAUAUGGCCCUUACGGCCGCUGUGCCCCCAUGAAGAGCAUCUCCAGCAGCCUCAAAGAGACCAUGAACCCGCACGACAUCGUGCAGGACGCCAUCCACAAUUUCUCACCCGCCUACCAGCAGUACACGCAGCAGUCCACCCUGGAGCCUGGGCCCACCUGGCGCGGGGGCGCGCACGGCCUCUCACGCUCCCACAGCCUCAGCGGUGCCCGCGACAACGAGAAGACUCUCCUGCUCAGCUCCGAUGACGAGUUCUAGGUGCGGCUGCUGGUGGGGAAAGACUGGCGCCUCGGCCCCGGGCAGGGUGUGCCCCACCUCCAGCCUCACGUCCGGACCGGGAGGCAGGCGGGCACAGCUUUGGCAUUGCCCUUUAAUUUAUUGGACCAGAAACACUCACAUAUCGCUUCCAGAGGAACAGCCAGAUGCUGUCUGUCCAGGGGCCGGCCCAGGCUCGUCCAGGGGCCGGCCCAGGCUCACCCAGGAGCCUUCAGGAAUAUUUAUACAAUGCCAAGGCUCUACUGCCUGGGCGAGGGGCAGAGGACACUGGGAGUGACUCCCAGGCCCCUGCAGCUCGUCCUGAGGUGGUGGCAUGUUGGGACCAGCCGUGCCCAGGCCCAGAUGCUUGUGCUGUGGACCAGCGGCUGCAGCCUUCUCAGCCCUUCCCCCACGAGACUUACAGCCCCUCCCCCAAACACCGUGCAAUACUCUGACCUGGGCUCUUACCUGCCUGUUCCCUCUCUGUCCACCCUUGUCUGAUGCUAGAUUAGCCUCACCCUGGGCAGGAGGAAGGAGGAAGGAACACAGAUGCUCUCUGUGGACCCUCUUCCUGACCCAGGCCUGCCUGGCAUGCUGCAAGGAUCAGAGCCAGACAUCAAGAGCCAUGGGUCCCACCUCGGAAGGGUGUGCGGGAGCAAGUGGGCCCCUCUUCUGGGUUGUGGCCUUUCCAAGCCCCACAAGGCAGGGGUCUCUGGGCUCCUGAGUGUCCUCUCUGUGGCUGCACCUUCUGCCCGCCUCCUGCCCCUUCCUCCUGGCCUGCUGAGGACAGCUGGCAGCCCACACUGCCCUCCCACUUGGGGUCCUUCUUGAGAGUGUUUUGGGGAGAGCCCUUGCUUCCCAGCUGCUCAAAGGGUCAGUGGCUCCCAAACCUCCCUGUCAGGCUGAGCGAUCAGCAUCUGCUGGAUCCCGGUCUCUCCCUGGGGCUUCUCCCUCCUGCUUCAGGGGGAGGGUCUGAGUCUCUGCAUUUCAGACCAGCUUCCAGAGGAGCACAGCCUUGCUGGGAAGGAGGGUGGAGGGAUGGGGCAUGCAGCGGUGGGGAGCCAGGAGGUGGGAGUGGUUCCAGACUCCUCUCCCUGGCCCCGUCUCCACACAGGGCCUGGUGUCCUGCCUCAUCUGGCCCCAUGGCCCAUCUUUUCUGUGCCUUAGUCACACAUGAAAGCUCCCCUCCCUAGGCCCUCGGUCUGUCCCAGACACUCCCUGGGGGCUCCCUGUUAAGCUGCUAGCACUCAGAGGAUCCUGCAGUGCUGGGCCAAGUGCCCUUGGGCAGGCCUCAGGGCAGGCCCCAGGACUACCAGUCGCCUCCCCUCACCCGCCUCCAUGCCCAUAUACCUGGAGCCUCCCAGAGCCGGAGCCCUUUCUGGCCACUUUUCUUCGGAAGAGCCUUGUGAUGGACACAGUGCAUAUUCAUACAGGCAGUGUGUCCCAUCGCUGGAAACCCAGAGAGCACGUGAUUUGGGGCUACAACAGCCUGGAGGAAGGGUAGGGUGAGGGAGAAGGGCCCUGCCCUGUGGCAUCAGAACGUCACCGUGGAAUCUCUUCCCUUUUGAUCACUCCUGGACUGAACUGCCCCAAGGAUCAGUGAGGGGUUCCCUCCCAGCAAUCUUCCUGGGUCUCCUUUGGUCUUUGUGACCAAGCCAGCCCUGAGGGGUGGGGGGCACAGAGGCCUGCCUGUCGGGUACUGGAGGCAGCAGGUAGGUGCAGGCUAGGCUGUCUGAGGAGAACCUCCGGCCUGCCCCCACCGUUUGCUUUCAUGAAUCUGUUUCUGUGAUUCUCCUUCCAGGCCAAAGUGUGCUGCUGACUCCCUGCCCCACUGUCUUUGCCUGCCCCGGCGGCACCAGCCCUCUCGCAUGGUGGGUGGGGGAGAUGAGGGGCUCAGUGGCAGGGAGCUCGCUGCCCCUGGGGAGAUGGGGCUGGGAUCGCGUGCCUGACCACUCCAUCCCUCCUUCCUAGGAUGCAUAACCUACCUUGUCUUUUUAUUUUUUUUAAUUUUUUUUUUCCUGAUAGAGUAGCUCUUUGUACAUAAAAAAUACUUGAAAAAUUAAUUGUAUGAUGUAUGAGAAGACAGAGUCCCCUAGUUUUGUAUCUCGUGUAUGACUGCCAUGAGUUCCACCAGAAAGCCGCUCUAUUUUGGUCUCUGUGACAUUUUAAAUGCGUGACAGAAGUGAGCAAAUAAAGUGAGAAAGAAAUAUA